AUGUCGUCUCUAACGGGCUCGAAGCCGGCGGCAGUGCCGCGCUUUCUCCUGCCGCGACUCACCUGGACGUCGACCACGUCUUCCGUCCAGCCAGCGCCACGAACAGUGCGGUGCAGAGCCUCUUCUUCAUUCCCACAGAGCUUGAAGCAGCCGACUCACUCUUCGGUCAGACAUGCACCGGCAUCUCGCUCAAUACACACUGCCGCCGCCACUACCGCCUCGAAGCCCGCUGCGCUUUCGAAAUCUUCGUUGCGCUCUCGCUCUCGCACCUGGACCCCACCCCUUCCCACCGACUCUGCCCCCAUCCGGCACAACGGCGUGUACGUCGCGACCUUCCGGCCGGCACGGCGGGCGUUCUCGGCGACGGCAGCGUGCCACAAGGAGCACCACUUCGACACGCUCAAGUUCGUCCAACGGCUCAAGGACGAAGGGUUCAGCGAGGAGCAGGCGGUGGCCAUGAUGCGCGUGCUGAACGACGUCAUCGAAGAGUCGAUCCAGAACCUCACGCGGACCAUGGUGCUCAAGGAAGACGCCGAGCGGAGCACCUACACGCAAAAGGUCGACUUUGCGAAGCUGCGCAGCGAGCUGUCCAACGCCGACAGCACCGAGGCCCAGUUGACCCGCUCCAGCCACGAGCGGCUCUCGAGCGACCUGGCCAAGCUGAGCGCCCGGCUGAGGGACGAGAUCGGGCGCACCCAGGCCAGCGUCCGGCUGGACCUGAACCUCGAAAAGGGCCGGAUACGAGAAGAGGCCAACGGCCAGGAGAUGAGGAUAAAGGAGACCGAAGCCCGCAUUGAGCAAGAAGUCGCAGGUCUCCGAGAACGUGUAGAGGCCGUCAAGUUCUCGACGCUACAGUGGUUGAUGUGA